AUGGAGCUUUCCCCAUCGCCUCAGCGUCGCGACAGCCCAGCGGACGACAAUGGCAAUGCUGCUUCAUCCCAGGCUGCUGCAUCUUUAGAUGAUGUGAAGUUCUCCACACCGAGGGACAAUUGUCACUCUAGUGUCAUUACAUCCGAUCAAGCCGCCAUGAGCUUGCAGGAUCACUCGAGUCGGGACAACAAACGAAAGGCUGCUCAUAGCAUUGUAGAAUUCAGUGGUACUGGCCAAGACCAAGGCAUGUCCAAGAGACCAAAGCUUGAGGCUACGAGGAGCAGGUCGCCUAACUUGCCUUGGGACAGAGCAUCUCUUCCGUCUGGAAUAUGGCAUCAAGUUUUCACAUUUCUCCCCCCUAGGAGUUUGGGGGCCUUGCUACGAGUAAACAAGCUUUUCAACGUGUAUCUUGAUUCUCAGUCCUCCUUCAGCAACACUGCUCUUCACCCGGAACAUGCGAGUCUCUUCAAACCAAUCAAACCAGACACAGUCUGGCAGCUUUCAAGGAGACUGCACUAUCCCAGGAUGCCCUCGCCACUAGGGAAUCGGACUGAACUCGACAUGUGGCGGCUGUGCUGCACCACAACCUGUCAAUAUUGUGGUGUUACAAAGCCUUGUGAGCAACGACAAGAGAAUGCCGACCCCUGGCGUUCAGGGCCUGGAGUGCAUGGUCUGGCAACCGUAUUUGCAUUUGGCGUCACCUGUUGUGGUUCCUGUCUUCUGAAGCAUUCUGUGAAGGAGAUCGACUUGCUACUCUCUUCCACAACCCCAUCUUCCCUCAUCCCAGCACUCGCUUUUGUCUUCGUCACACCUGAACUACAGGCCAUCUCGCCAAGCGCUUUGAUAAUCAGCGCAGGCGAUCACAAGUCGGAACUUACCAAAUUGUACUCAGCCUCCAGCAUUGCUGCCGCCAAGGAACAGCUAGACGUGGUUCAGGGCCUCGGGACAGCAGCCGUCGAAGAGUGGCUCAAGGGACUAGACGCCCAGGGCAAAGAGCUCAGAAUCGAUGCCUCACGAUGGGAAAAGUGGACUGUGGCUGGCGGUCUGGCGCAAAUAUGCCAGACCGUGCAAACUCCGCGGAACGGGAGUUCCGAUCAAUUGAUGCAAGACCAAGGCCACGAACCACCAAAGCCCCCUCAAGCUUUUUCAGAAAACCGAGAUUUCGAAACUCCCAGCUGGUCAGACAAGACCCACGAACAGGCGGCUGCGCAGAAGGCACUACGGCGUGCUGAGAUUGAGCGACGCGCUAUGUUACUCGACCCUCCUCUGCCACCCAAUAUCAUUGUUCACAUGCCUUCCUUUCAAGCAGCCAUACAAAUCCCAGCCGCAUUGAACGAGGAUGCGUGGAAUACGCUGGAGCCCAAAUUGCUGUCUCAACGAGCCGAAGCUGAGAGGAACAUCAAGAAGUGUCCUACUGAACUUCGGAGAACCAGCAUUGAGACGAAGGUCGAUACAGCAAGGGAAGUUACAGACCAAGACUGGGAUGAUAUCCAAGGCCCGGUGCGGGCGCGAAUGGCAAAAUAUGCCGACGAGAUCAUCCGUGGUAGCUGGAAUAAGGGUCGCAAAGUCAACAAGGAGAAUAGCCCACGGUUUGCAGUGGGGGUCCUUCUUUCAGUACGGACAAGAUUCUACGCCGACGUUGCGAAAGAUGCUGCGGAGGCUAUAGCAGCUGGGCGGCGACCUGUAGUCGAUCCCCAAGAUGGUCCUUUUACCCAGAAGCUCACGCUGGAGAACAUGAAGUGGGUAUUCGAUAUGAAGAUCAAACAGCAUACCGAGUCGCAUAGGAAGGAGUUGUUUUUCUGCAAUGGUUGCGAGAGCCAUAGGUUCUACGGUUUCGAGGGGGUCAUACAGCACUAUGCCGCAAAGCAUACCAAAGCUCUCAGUCUCGGCAAUAUCGUUGUUCACUGGAGAGCUGAGUGGCCAGAGCAGUCCAUUUUCAAACCCAACGGCCGACCGACCAAAGGUUCUCAGCAAAUCGCAGGAAAGGGAACCGCACAGAGUCAUAAGGCGACAGAACCCCGGCCGCCUCAAGGUUAUGACACUCUUGGUCGGAGUGGUAGUCUCCUACCUGCCCCUGUGUACCAUUAUCCUUCGGACCAAGGUCCGCCCCUUUCCUAUCCCACACCACAAGCCGACCCGUACAAUACGUUAUCAACAUACAAUGCGGAUGCUAGCAUAUCGCGUGCGCCCUAUCUACCGCCGAACUUUGGGCCGUCUAGCGGCCCUCAAUUCUAUCCUGUGGUAUCUUCUGGCUUUGGAUCCAUCCCUCCUGGCCCCCAAGACCACCCUCCGACCAUUCUAGGACGACCAUAUGUUGGGCAGCCGCAUAGCACUCUCUCGCAUAAAGGCAAUCCUCAGCCACCGUCCACUGCACCUCGAGGCAUACCAUUCACGCCCUCGUAUACCACUCAACAGGAAGACCUGGCCCGAAUCGCGAGAGACAUCUGGAACUCGCUUAGCACCGUCAGGGACUUGCCUGGACCCUUGAGAGUAUACGUCACUAUACACCAUGUGUUCAAACGUUUUUGGCACAAAUUUGGCGAGACUCCCUCGCUGCGGAUGUUUAACGAUGGCUUAUCAAACAACAAGGCUAUGCGUCCAGUCCGCAAUAUCAACGGACUGAUGUGCAGAUCCUGCACACUGGGUCUAGGGCCACCAGUUAAUCCAGAACGCACCACGUUCUCACUCCCGCAGCUCGUCAAUCACUUCGAGAACCAACAUGUUGGAUUCCAGCAGGUGGGGCCAGGACUCGAUUGGACCCAAGAUAUGGUCCUGAUGCCGGACGUAACAGAAAUGCCUGACUUGAAAGCCGUUAUUGGCAAUAAGGGACACAAGUUCAAUCUCGUCAACGAAGCAGCCCCCUGGAUCUUCAAGAAGCCCGCCAGGCCUUCGCAACAAUCUGGGGUCGCGUGGCCUCUGGGCGGGGUGUCACAGCCCAGCCAUUCAGAUCAGACCACAGAUUAUGCUCGGCACACCUAUGCCACCCAUGCAGAUGCUUCUAAUGAUGAACGUAAUGCCUGGCAUGGUCCUGGAGCCAUCCAAGAACCACCUAUCGUGGGGCAAGAGCAACAACGCCGAGACACGCAACUCUCAACGGAAGAUUACAAUGGGAGAUCUGUAGCACUUGCCUACCAACCGCUGAUCACUUCUCAUGAAGCACGCGAUCUAGGACGGAUGCUUCAGUCUUCCAAUGUUGGCUCUCGCCCACAAGGCUCUUGGGGCGCUUCUCCGACAGAGUUUGAUCAAAGCGGCCGUGCCGUUUACUACGAUAGUGGUCAUCCUGCAGGUGGCAUCAACGAGAAAGAUCAUUACCUUCCGUCAAGCUAUCUCUCGAACCGUACUCCAGCUUUGGAUGGCGGAAACCACCAUGGUCACCGCGAGCAAAAUCGAGCCCCUGACCGAGGCCUGGCCGAAUCUCGUUAUGAGUACGGCAGUAGAUACCCCGUAGAGGAAGACGAGAGAGCCACUCAUGCAUUGGAACAGUCGAGGUUGGUUCGGUCACGUCCGUCACUCGACCGAGAGCAAAUUUUACCGCAGGACGUACAACCAGGCCCAGCAAGACGCGCCCCGGGGAUUCCUCAUUCUUCAAGGACUGCCGAGCCAGAUUCUGCACGUCCACCGGUAAGGGAUCCCGAUAGCUUCAGCUUGACUGCUGCUCUCGAGUCGCAUCUUGCCCAAGAUCGCGAAGCGCAGGCUCGGAUACCGAAGUCUGGACUGCUGGAGCCUGAGAUAGUUCAACAAAACCGCCGAUCCACAGCGCACGACGCCCCUCUAUCCGACAUUCCCAACUACCCUGAACGACGACACACGGAAGUAGAAGUUCUCGAUGACGCUCGUCAUGAAUACUCCAGACAAUACAUCGCAGAAUCGCAUGAAGCUCGUCACGCCGGGCAUGCUUCUGAGGUGUCGUCGUACUACCAUAGCCCGGUGGGUACUCAAAAUCUAGGUCGCAGCAGCGAUCACCGCAGCGGAAAGCGCUACGCAAGCGCGACUCGCCCUCCGUCUGCAGGGUAUGAAGAGACUUAUGAGAUUGUACACGUACGAGAUGCAGAGGGAGAGUACAUCGUUCGUCGGCCGAUCUUGCGUGAACGCGAACCACAGCGGGCGUUGUAUGAAGACGACAGUCAUCUCCAUCAGAACAGGGGACCAUACCCACACCAUCGUCAUGAUGCUCUGUACGAAUCGACGGGCCGGAUCCCUAUUUCCUGUGAACGACGGGACACCAUUCAAAUGCGCGAGGCUUCUACUGCAGGAGUCCGGUUCAGGAAUGGUCCGUCUUCUUACGUAGAAUAUGAUCCGAACAACCCAGCGCCCAUGCCGGGUCCCGGCGUUGAGAGACAAUCCGAAUACUAG